UUAAUAGAAAGACAUCGGUCAAGAAGAGAGACUAUGUCUUCACAAAUUAAAAAAUCAAUAUUUGCGGUAUUUCAAAAUCUUCUACAAAUAACUAUGAAGGCAUCACCAAACGAAAUUAAAAAUUGGAAGGAAAAACGUGUAGUUAAAGAAUGUUACGAAAAGCUACACACAAGUAUACCAGAGGAUGAAAAUGAAACCUG